GGGACUCGAGUCCCGCGGCGCUGCCGCGGCGGGGCUGGGGGCCUGGAGCGCCGCCGCCCGCCUAGGCCCGCCCGAAGCGGUCCCCGACCUCAGCCGGACCCCGCUGGCCCAGUGCACGGCCCCGCGGCCCCAGCAUGGUGCUCAAGGCCUUCUUCCCCACGUGCUGCACUUCGGCGGACAGCGGCCUCCUGGUGGGACGGUGGGUCCCGGAGCAGAGCAGUGCUGUGGUUCUGGCUGUGGUGCACUUUCCCUUCAUCCCCGUCCAGGUCAAGGAGCUCCUGGCCCAGGUACAGCAAGCCAGCCAGGUGAGCGUGGCCGUGCUGGGCACCUGGUGCCACCGCCGGCAGGAGACGGAGGAGAGCCUGGGCCACUUCCUGGAGGGCCUGGGUGCCCUCUUCUCCCACGAGCCCUGGCUGCAGCUGUGUCGAGAGAGGGGCAGCAAGUCCUGGAGCUGCAAGGCCACCCGGCGGCAGGGGCCCGCACCCCUCGCCCCCGUCUGUGAGGACCAGGUCAUGCUCGUCUUCUACGACCAGCGCAAGGUGCUGCUGUCACGGCUGCACCCGCCCGCGGCCCUGCCCGAGCACCAGGCCGGGGAUGCCACAGCCAGCACGGGCGGCCUAGCUGCCGUCUUUGACACAGUGGCGCGGAGUGAGGUGCUCUUCCAAAGUGACCGGUUCGAUGACGGUCCCGUGCGGCUGACGCACUGGCAAUCGGAGGGUGUGGAGGCCAGCAUCCUCGUGGAGCUGGCCAAGCGCGCAGCGGGGCCCAUCUGCCUGCUGCUGGCCUGUCUGCUGUCACUGAUCUCCGCUGCCAGCUCCUGUUGGGUGUUCCGGCCGUGGCCGCUGUCCUUCAUCUGGAGCAAGCUGUCCACCUGCGAGCAGCUCAGGCACCGGCUGGGCCAGCUCACGCUCGUCGUCAGCGCCCACAGGGCCGGGGGCCCCACCCAGCUGAUGAGGAAGGCCAACACUCUGGUCUCCGUGCUGCUCGACAUGGCCCUGGGCCUCCUGCUGCUAUCCUGGCUGCACAGGAAGGACCGCUUCGCUCAGCUGGCUGAGGCGCUCGUCCCCGUGGCUGACCGUGUGGCCGAGGAGCUCCAGCAUCUGCUGCAGUGGUUGAUGGGCGUGCCCGCCGGGCUCAAGAUGAACCGGGCGCUGGACCAGGUGCUGGGCCGCUUCUUCCUGUACCACAUCCACCUGUGGAUCAGCUACAUCCACCUCAUGUCCCCCUUCAUCGAGCACAUCCUGUGGCACUUGGGUCUCUCGGCCUGCCUGGGCUUGACGGUCGCCCUGUCCAUCCUGUCGGACAUCAUCUCCCUUCUCACCUUCCACAUCUACUGCUUCUACGUCUACGGCGCCAGGCUCUACUGCCUGAAGAUCCACGGCCUGUCCUCGCUGUGGCGCCUGUUCCGAGGGAAGAAAUGGAACGUCCUGCGCCAGCGUGUGGACUCCUGCUCCUACGACCUGGACCAGGUACCAGCUCCGUCCAGCCGGCCUUCGGCCUGCACCGGCCCGUGCAGUGGCUCAGGCAUCACAAGGGGCAGCCUCGCUCCUGCUCCGCAGGUCCCGGGGGUGCAGGGAGCUACAAGGGGUAGUGUGUACGCGGGGCCACAAUGGGGCAGAACUCGCCGCAGGCAGGGACAGACCCUGGUCCGGGAGGCUGCAGGGCAGCAGGCGCUGGAGCUGUUCAUCGGGACCUUGCUCUUCACCAUCCUGAUUUUCCUACUGCCCACCACAGCCCUGUACUACCUGGUGUUCACCCUGCUCCGGCUCCUGGUGGUCACUGUGCAGGGCCUGGUCCAUCUGCUCGUGGACCUCAUCAACUCGCUGCCGCUGUACUCGCUUGGCCUCCGGCUAUGCCGGCCCUACAGGCUUGCGGCCGGCGUGAAAUUCCGGGUCCUGGAGCAUGAGGCCGGCCGGCCCCUGCGCCUCUUGAUGCAGGUAAACCCCCUGCCCUUCAGCCGCGUGGUGCGCAUCUACCGCCUCCCCAGCUGUGGCCGCCCCCCCAAGCACUCCUGGGGCUCCCUGUGCCGCAGGCUGCUAUUCGGAGAGCUCAUCUACCCCUGGAGGCAGAGAGGGGACAGGCAGGACUGAGGGCCCGGCCCCGGCCCGCCUCGCACCGCCAGCUGCCAGGUGUCAGGGCGGCACACGCCUCUUGCUGCCCCUGGUUGUCGGGGCCUCUCCAGGCCCUGCCCGUUGCAUCUCCGCCCGACUCUGGU